CACCUCCCAAGAUACCAUCCACAUGGCCAGUUGGCUUGGCCACGUCACAGUAACAGUUAUUUAACCGUCGAAGAAGAGGAAAAAAAAAAACAACCCAAAGCCAGAAGUCAUAUCUUACACAAAUUCAACUCUCUUCUUCUUCCAUUCUCCGUUUUUUUUUUUCUUAAAAUAAAAAAAAAAAUUCACAUUAGUGUGAUACUAGUAAAACCUGCCAUUUUAACAGGUUCCGGCGAAUAGAACAAUCUCGGAGAGCUGAAGCCAUGGACUCCGGUGGCGAGAUUCGGAUCCAUCAAACCCGACGGCUUCCAGAUUUUUUGCAGAGCGUGAAUCUCAAGUAUGUCAAACUAGGCUACCACUAUCUAAUCUCUAAUUUAUUGACCUUGUGUUUCAUUCCCUUGAUUAUAGUUACCUCAAUCGAAGCCUCCCAAAUGAAUCUAGAUGAUCUCCGUCACCUCUGGCUCCAUCUUCAGUAUAAUCUCGUUAGCAUCAUUAUCUGCUCUGCUUUUCUCGUUUUCGGUUUAACCGUUUACAUUAUGACCCGACCCAGACAUGUUUAUUUGGUUGACUAUUCUUGUUUUCUUGCCCCCGAUCAUCUCAAGGCUCCAUUUGACCGCUUCAUGGAGCACUCUAGACUCACUGGAGACUUUGACGAAUCCUCGCUCGAGUUCCAGCGUAAGAUUUUGGAGCGUUCUGGGCUGGGAGAGGAAACUUAUGUUCCUGAAGCUAUGCAUUAUAUUCCUCCGAGGCCGUCCAUGGCCGCCGCCAGGGAGGAGGCUGAGCAGGUCAUGUUUGGUGCUUUGGAUAAUCUAUUUGCUAACACUAAUGUGAAUCCUAAGAAUAUUGGCAUUCUUGUUGUGAACUGUAGUUUGUUUAACCCAACACCAUCGCUUUCUGCUAUGAUUGUGAACAAGUAUAAACUUAGGGGCAAUAUUAGGAGUUUCAAUCUGGGAGGGAUGGGUUGUAGUGCUGGAGUUAUUGCGGUGGAUCUCGCUAAAGAUUUGUUGCAAGUUCAUAGGAAUACUUACGCAGUCGUCGUUAGUACUGAGAAUAUUACCCAGAAUUGGUAUUUUGGAAAUAAGAAGUCUAUGUUAAUACCCAAUUGCUUGUUUCGAGUUGGGGGUUCCGCUGUUUUGCUUUCUAAUAAAUCUGGUGAUAAAAAUCGGGCCAAGUAUAAGCUUGUUCAUGUUGUAAGGACUCAUCGUGGGGCAGAUGAUAAGGCUUUUAGGUGUGUGUAUCAAGAACAGGACGAUGCAGGGAAGACUGGUGUUUCAUUGUCAAAAGAUUUGAUGGCAAUAGCUGGUGAGGCUUUAAAAGCGAACAUUACUACGUUGGGUCCUCUGGUGCUUCCAAUUAGUGAGCAGCUUUUGUUCUUUGCAACUCUGGUAGUUAAGAAGUUGUUCAACAAGAAAGUGAAGCCUUAUAUUCCAGAUUUCAAGCUGGCAUUUGAUCAUUUUUGUAUACAUGCUGGUGGGAGGGCUGUGAUUGAUGAGCUAGAAAAGAAUUUGCAGCUCCUGCCUGUACAUGUGGAGGCAUCUAGGAUGACACUUCACCGCUUUGGGAAUACUUCGUCAAGUUCGAUUUGGUACGAGUUAGCAUAUGUUGAGGCCAAAAGAAGGAUGCGCAAAGGCAACCGUGUCUGGCAGAUUGCAUUUGGAAGUGGCUUCAAAUGUAACAGUGCAGUUUGGGAGGCACUCCGGAAUGUGAAGCCAUCUCAUAAUGGUCCUUGGGAAGACUGUAUAGAUAAGUAUCCCGUGAAACUAGUUGCUUAACACCAGAAAUUUGCACUUUAGACUUCCCUUUCGGGAAUUGUUCAUCAUGAAUUAGGAGUCAAACUGCUCUAUAUUGCCUUUAUAGUCUUUGAAUUGUCUUGUACUCUUUAGGUCUUCUUUACUUGGCUAUGGAAGUGAAGAUGUGGCUUUUCAUGUAUUUAUGUCCAGAGUACUGAGGUUAGCAAUUCUUCAUUCUGUAGCCCAAAAUUACUAAGCACUGGAUGCUUGUGUUGUAACAAUUUUGUGGAAAUUUUUCCUUGAAUGCUGUUAGAAGUGAUUUCUUUUUCUC